GCUGUAAGAACAGACGACCAACCGACAUCUCUGGCACCUGAACACGGUCACCUGACACCACACACACACUCACACACACACACACACACACACUCACACACACGCAGCUCCGCGGCUCGGCUCCACCUCGGUCGCUCGGCGGGUGUGUGAACAACAUCCAGCCGGUAUUUUAUUUUCAAGGUUAUCUCCUGCAGGAAGCUCUCUCUCAUUGGAUCCUAUGGGAGUUCUGGUAACCGCAGUUUUUCUCUGGGCUGCUGUCGGAGUGGGAAGCCGGCCAGUGACCUCACCCCUCAAUGAUGCCAAGGUUGAAUGUAUUAUUCAGGAGACGCUGAACGAGCACGGGGCCCAGCAGGACUGUGGCCCUCAGCUAGCAGAGGAACUUGAUGAAGUGCAGAGACAUCAUGGUCUGCUCAGGGAGCUGCAGAGGCUGGCUGGAGAUGAGACAGACACAGAGGGAGAAGACGAGGACCGGGAGCGCUAUGAGGACAGGGAGCGCUAUGAGGACCACCUGGCUGAUGAGGAGGAAGACGAGGAGCAGGAGGACGAGGAGACGACAGAGGAGACGGACGUGACCGGACCUCCAGAAGAGACAGAUAAAAAGGAGGAAGACGACACCAAGAAGAUCAUGGAGGAGCCGCGGAUCGAAGACAGAGGGAGGGACAACGAGGAGGAGCGAGCCAAGGAGCUGGAGGAGCUGCUGGCCGAGGAGAUCACCAAGAAAGGAAAGGAGGAGAAGAACGACGAGGAGCUGAAGGAACUGCUGAAGGAGCUGAAGAAGAAGCGCUACGAGGCGGUGAAGGAGAGGGAGAACCAGAAAGGCUCCGGAGCAGAGCAGAAGGAGGAGGCGCAGGAGGAGAAGAAGGAGACGGAGGACAAGGAGAAGGAGGGAGGAACGGAGGAGGACCUGGAGAAGCAGAGGGUGGAGGAGAGGAGGAAGAACGAGGUGGAGCUGAUGGUGGAGAGGGAGAAGGUGGAGAAGGAGCUGAAGGAGCUGCUGAAGGAGCAGGACAGCAAGAGCAAGCAGGAGCAGGAGAGGGAGAGGAAGGAGAAGCAGGAGGAGCUGGAGGAGCUGGUCAGGAAGAUGAAACGGGUGCAGGAGGAGGAGGAGGAGGAGGAGGAGGAGCAGAGCGUGAAGAAACCGGACGGAGCAGCAGAGGAGAAGAGCGAGAAGGAAGGAGACAAGGAGCCCGAUGAGAAGAACGAAGUGAAGAAGAAGAAGAAGAAGGAGGAGGAGGAGGCGGCGGUGGAGGAGGUGAAGGAGCCGCAGCAGAAGAGAGUGAUGGAGAAGGCGAGCGAUGAAGCCACGCAGCAGUUUGAGCGGGAGAGGAACAAGGACGGAGACGGAGAUGGAGAUGAGGAGGAGGAGGAUGAAGACGAGGAUGAGGGAGAUGAGGAUGAAUACGUUCGAGAGGAUGAAGAGGGGCCGGAGGAGGGAGACGAGGAGGAGGAGGAGGGAGACGCUGAAGAAGAUGAAGGGGAGGAGCUGCUGGAAAUUGAAGCAGAGUUGCGCAAAGUGGCUGCAGAGCUGAGGGAGCUACGCAGAGGAUAAGACACACACACACACACACACACACACACACACACACACACACACACACACACAGCAGACUGACAAAACCCUUUGUUGCAUUCAGUCACACAUUCAGCUCACACAUUUUCCAUUUUAACAGCCUUCAAAUCCCCUUCGGCAAUCAAAGAAAUGUCUUCAGAUGUGAAUCUGUAAAUGGACAUUAUUAUAUUAUAUUAGUAAAAAAACAAAAACAAACUGUACAUACUGUUGUUUCACUUCUGCUCUUAAGAUUGCUUGAAAAACGCUGUCACAGUUUCCUCACGUUAGGGAAGAAAGAGACACACUUUUCUAGAGAUUCUGAAAGAUCUUUUGUGUCCAUCUCCAGGUUCUGGUUCUGGUGUCAGUCAGUCCCUGUAAAGCUGUUAGUCAGGUCCACAGGUGAUCCACUGCAGGUGUAAACCAACAAAGCAUUCAGCACUUUCAUUCAGAUGUUCAUUUUGACAAACGCCACCGUCUUUGACAUCCUUGCAGCAUCCUCGAUGGUGUGUUCUUAGUGGGAAAAAAGGAUUCCCUGCUAUAAUAAUAAGUAAUAUAUGUAAUUUCAAUAUAUAUUUUGUGCAAUAAUAACUAUGUGUAAGCUGUUCUGACUGUUAACGACAUGUAUUACUGAUAUUUCUACACGGGGGUGAGUCAUUUUCUGUUUCUUUGGUGAUAAAAUAGAAACGAGGAAUGUGUUUCAUUUGGCUCUCGCACUGUUAAAAACCGACUGUUUGUGACGAACCGGAGUGACACGAGCUAACAGAACGCCACAGGAAGUGGAUCAGACACGUGUGUGUGUGUCCGCAGGAUGUACUUAAAGCUUACAAAAUCUAAAAGU